GGGGUCGCCGGCACCGGGGCGUUCACGCAGCACGUGGGUGCUGGUCCGCGCGGCUGGGGGGGGGCGGGGCGCGUGAGCCCGGACUGGGGGCCUGGCUCCGGGGCCACCCAGCCGGAAGCUCUGCAGCUGCGGCCUUCCCAGUCACAUCCCGAGGCCGGCGCCGUGUUCCGAGAAAGGUCAGGGGGACCUCCAGGCUCCCACGCGCCUGCGAAAUCCGCCGCCUGCCUUCCCUCGGCCGCAGUUUCUGUUUCUGAGAAACCGGUGAAGUGGAAAACAUUCUCUCCUCAUGCAUAAGCAAAGGAGGCCCACCUGGGUGACAGUGCAGCGCCCUGGCUGCUGGCCCGCCCCCACCUACCUGGGGUAAAUGCCUGGGAUCCCGUUAGGGGACUAACCAGGUGCUCCCAGGCCAUGGAUGCUUCCGAGCCCACCACAGCCCUGGCCAGCAUUAAUGAGCUGCCGGAGAACAUCCUGCUGGAGCUGUUCCUGCACGUGCCCGCCCGCCAGCUGCUGCUGAACUGCCGCCCUGUCUGCAGCCUCUGGCGGGACCUCAUUGACCUCAUGAUCCUCUGGAAGCGCAAGUGUCUGCGAGACGGCUUCAUCACCAAGGACUGGGACCAGCCCGUGGAGGACUGGAAGAUCUGCUACUUCCUAAGGAGCCUGCAGAGGAACCUCCUGCGCAACCCGUGCGCCGAAGAGGGUAUGUUAGCUUGGCAAAUCGAUACCGAAGGUGGCAACUACUGGAAGGUGGAGAGCCUCCCUGGAGCCCACGGGACAGAUUUUCCUGACCCCAAAGUCAAGAAGUAUUUUGUCACAUCCUAUGAGAUGUGCCUCAAGUCCCAGCUGGUGGACCUUGUAGCCAACGGCUACUGGAAGGAGCUACUGGACACAGUCAGGCCAGACAUCAUGGUUAGGGACUGGUUUGCCGCCAGAGCCGACUGUGGCUGCACCUACCAACUCAAGGUGUACCUGGCCUCGGCUGACUACUUCGUGUUGGCUUCCUUCGAGCCCGAACCUGUGACCAUUGAACAGUGGAACGAUGCCGCAUGGAGAGAGGUCUCCCACACCUUCUCGGACUACCCUCCAGGCGUCCGCUACAUCCUCUUCCGGCACGGGGGCCAGGACACCCAGUACUGGGCAGGCUGGUACGGGCCCCGAGUCACCAACAGCAGCAUCGUCAUCAGCCACAAGAUGACCAGGAACGCGGCCUCCUCCGAGGCUCAGCCUGGGCAGAAGCACAGGCAGGAGGAGGCUGCCCAAUCGCCCUACAAAGUUGUUCUCCCAAUCUGACAGCCAUCCAUCCUGUGUCCGGGUCAGCCAGAGGUUGGGGUGGGCAGUGAAGUCCCUGUACCAGGGGCUUCUGCCCCCGGUUCAACCCUACCAGCUUGUGGAAACUUAAUGUACUGUCACAUAGCUCUGACGUUUUGUUGUAAUGAAUGUUUUCAGUAAAA